CCAUCUUUCAUCUUUCUCAACCCCAGUACGUACUGCAGUUGUGAUCACCGAUAUCUUUCUCUCUCAUAUUUAUGAACAGAUAUAUAAUCUAACCAACUUCCCUCCCUACUCGUGCUCCACCUAUGGUCUAUUUAUCUCAUUUCCUUUUGUGAGCAGUCGUCAAAUUCUCAAGUUACGACAACCCUUUCCUUGGCAUCCCCAACCCUAGAAAGGAGAGAAAAGAUAUCUAGAAAUAAACAUGAAUCAUGAGGCCCAAUAUACAGAAAAGGAGUGGGAUGAGAUCUUGCAGGAAAUACCAAAGGAAGAGGACCCAUUUAUGCAAAAGUACAUCAAGGGUCGCGAAGCCCUGAUAGAACAAGAGAAUAAGGAACGCAGUGAUGCCUCGUUCAAGAAGAGCCUCUCCCCUAUUGCUCAGCGUGCCCAUGACAUAGUGGCCCGCAUCAGGGACGAAGAAAAGAACACGGUAUGGACAGCCCAGCUAGAAGAUUCAUUGGCCCAGGAAGCCGACAGCAUCACUGUACACCCGGGCAUGAUGUUCUCCUUAUCCAAGGAGCGCAUGGAGAACACCAAACUAUGGCGUAUUGUGCGCCGUAUGCCCAAAGGCGCGCUUCUGCACGCGCAUGUCGACGCCAUGGUCGACUUCGAUUUCCUAUUCGAUGUGCUCCUCAGUACCCCUGGUAUACAUUUAUCGGCAGAUAUGUCGCUCGUCGAUGACAAAACUAGGGAGGCGUCUAAGAUGACAUUUCGCUUUUACAAAGAGUCGUGCACAGAGGGGAAUAUCUGGAGCGAUGACUAUAAACCAGAGACGCCUAUCUUACUCACACAAGUUGCCGAUGCAUUUCCCGAUGGUGGCAGGCCGGGUUUCCUAAAAUGGCUUUACGGGCGAUGCACGAUAUCGCGAACCGACGCCGUCUCGCAGCACCACGGCGUCGAUCACAUAUGGAUGAAAUUCUACAAAUGCUUCCGCGUAGUCGGGUCUAUGAUCCACUACGAGCCAAUAUUCCGCCAAUUCUUACAACGGCUCAUGAGCUCGCUGAAAGCGGACGGCAUAAACUGGAGCGAGCUGCGAUUCUCGUGGCCGCUAGACUACUUCCGGGAGGGUAGCGAGACGCCGGAGACCGACUACAGUGCCAUGAUGACCGUCAUAGACGAGGAAGUGGCGCGCUUUCAGGCGUCGGAAGAGGGGAAAGGGUUUUGGGGCUUGCGCAUUAUCUGGGCUGCGUUACGGUGGUUCCCUACACGCGAGAUCGUGCAAAACAUGGAGUACUGUAUCAAUACCAAGAUCACGCACCCACACUUAAUUGCAGGCUACGAUCUAGUCGGUCAAGAAGACGGCGGUCGGCCUCUACGUGAUUUACUACCCGAACUCUUCUGGUUCCGCAAGCAAUGCGCCGAAGAAGGCCUCAAUAUCCCGUUCUUUUUUCACGCCGGCGAGUGUCUUGGGUCCGGCAACUCUACCGACCAUAAUUUAUUCGACGCCGUGUUGUUAGGCACGCGCCGGAUCGGUCAUGGAUUUUCACUGUAUAAGCAUCCUCUGCUCAUCGACCUCGUCAAGGAGAGGAAAAUCUUAAUUGAGAGCUGCCCUAUCUCGAACGAGGUUCUCCGCCUAUGUGGGUCUGUCAUGAGCCACCCUCUGCCGGCGCUACUGGCCCGCGGCGUACCCUGCUCGCUAUGCAAUGACGAUCCCGCCAUGCUUGGCCAGGACACUGCAGGAUCCACGCACGACUUCUGGCAGGCGCUCCAAGGCUGGGAGAACCUCGGGUUAGCGGGGCUGGGCAGCCUAGCGGAGAACAGCGUGCGAUGGGCAGCGUUCGAGGACCAGACACCGGAGGAGUGGGCAAAGGACAUUAGGGAGGCGAGCAUGGGAAGCGGGAUCAAGGCACGCAGAUUGAAGGAGUGGGAGGUGCAGUGGGAGAAAUUCUGCUUAUGGGUCGUUGAUGAAUUUGGAGAGGGGUAAAAUAGGACAUGAUAAGUUUUUUUUAUUUUUUAAAAAAGGACAGAAAAGGGGGGGUUGAGGGGGGUUAGACGUGAGGGGUCCUACAUGCUGCCUGAAAACGACAUUGGAGAGGCAUCCACUGCCUAUAAUGGUUCGCAGUCCACAUGCAUUCUACAGAAGGGGGGGUAGGCAUCGUGAUAUACUACUUUACUCAAAUACCUAGUUAUGUAUCUACCCAAGAAAAAGCCUCAGUUCAAAGGGGGGGUAUGAGAGAGAGCAAGAUGGUAAGGGGGAUAGGAUGGAAGAAUAUGAAAAAUUUUCACGAAAAAUAAGAAAUUAGAAAGAAUAAAAAAAAAAUAAAAAAAGCACCCCAGGAAAAUGAAUAAGCAAAGGAGAAAAGAGCGGA